CGUGCGACGAAGGCGGCGGUAACGCGGGUUCUCCCGCGGUCACCGAGGAGCGACGGCCAAGGCCGCGACCGGGGGAGUGAGGCGGCGGCUUGUAGCAGACGGCGCGACACCAUGGAGGGUGGCGGGGGAAGUGGCAACAAGACCACCGGAGGGCUGGCCGGCUUCUUUGGAGCCAGUGGGGCCGGCUACUCGCACGCGGAUUUGGCCGGCGUGCCGCUAACUGGUAUGAACCCUCUAUCUCCUUAUUUAAAUGUGGAUCCACGAUAUCUGGUGCAGGACACCGAUGAGUUUAUUUUACCUACUGGAGCCAAUAAAACCCGGGGCAGAUUUGAACUAGCCUUCUUUACUAUUGGAGGAUGUUGCAUGACAGGGGCUGCAUUUGGAGCAGUGAAUGGUCUUCGUCUAGGAUUGAAGGAAACCCAGAACAUGGCCUGGUCCAAACCAAGAAACGUACAGAUUUUGAAUAUGGUAACUAGGCAAGGAGCACUUUGGGCUAAUACUUUAGGUUCUCUGGCUUUGCUCUAUAGUGCAUUUGGUGUUAUUAUUGAGAAAUCACGAGGAGCAGAAGAUGACCUGAACACAGUAGCAGCUGGAACUUUGACAGGCAUGUUGUACAAAUGUACAGGUGGCCUUCGAGGGGUAGCACGAGGUGGACUGGCAGGACUAACACUUACCAGCCUCUAUGCACUGUAUAACAACUGGGAGCACAUGAAAGGCUCCUUGCUCCAACAGUCACUUUGAAGAUUUUUGCCACCUCGGAAACUGAGGACACUUCAGUAAUCUUUCAAAUCAAUUAAGUCAGUCUGGAGUUAAGUGCCCUCUUCUACCUACAACUACUUUCAAAAAUUGGAGGUUGUGAUUUGCUGUGGUGAAGAUCAUGAAUGGUUGACCAGGACCGGCACUCCUUUCCCUUAAUGAGCUGAAGCCAAAAAUCCUUUGGUAGCUCACUCAGUAAUGUGGUUCUCCUUUGGAGAUGAUCUUGGACCUGUCCUCUCAUCCUACCCUCUGAACUGGAAAACCACUCCCAGAAUUCAGGUCCUGCUUGUUGUCAAUAUUUUAUCACCAAGUGUAUUUAAUCAUCUGAAACUGUAAUGCUGCCCAUGUUCCAAAUAAAGGGUGAGAAUAGAACCAAAGUCAUAACUCCAA